UUCUUUCAGACUAGCUCUGCUAAAACCGCAGAUGAAAACAUUCCACAGAAAGCAACUGGACAGAGUGCGUCAUCGUAUACCAGCAGAUCCUUGAACGUUACUCUUCUUGGUGAUGAAUGGGGUUCAUCUGCUGGUGGGUUGUCAACCAUAAACAGAGAGCUUGCUAUUCACCUUUCACAACAGCCAGGAGUAAAUGUAUCUCUAUUGUGUCCAGAAAAAGCUUGCAGCACUGAAGAAAUAAGAGAAGCAGAUGGCUAUAGAAUCACCAUUGUUCAGGCGAAAGAACGAGCGGCAUAUGAUCGUCUUGAUUGGUUGAGCAUCCCACCCCCGGACCACGUCAUGGACAUCGCUGUUGGCCAUGGUGUUAAACUGGGUCGGCAAGUACAGUUCAUCAGAGAAUCUGCUCGAUUUCCAAAUUGUAAGUGGGUACAAGUGGUGCACACUGCUCCAGAGGACCUUAGCAGAUACAAAUGCUACACUGAUCCCAUUUCAAAAGGUGAAACAAAACACGAAUCAGAAGUUGAACUUUGCAAACUUGCUGAUCUUGUUGUACCCGUGGGGCCCAGACUGAAAGAAGCAUACUAUUCAUAUUUACAGCGAUGUAAAACAGAUCAAGACGUUUUGUCCAUUACUCCAGGUCUUUUUCAAAGGGAGUUUGGGGAUUUAGUGGCAAAACAAGAUCCUAAUGAGGAUGGCGAAUUCAAAGUGUUGUUAUUUGGUCGUGGGGAUGAUGAGGACUUUGAACUCAAAGGAUACAACAUUGCUGCCAAGGCAUUUACUGAUCAACAGCUAAAAAGCAAACGUUAUCAUCUAAUCUUUGUCGGAGCACCUCAAGGAAAGCAAGAAGAAGUGAGAGACAAACUUCUUCAGGGUGGUAUUGCAGAUGCACAGUUGACUGUUAGAAAAUUUAUACAAAGUAGAGACAGACUGAAAGAUCUGUUUUGCGAAGCUGACCUUACCAUCAUGCCUUCAAAAUCAGAGGGAUUUGGUCUUGUUGCACUUGAGGCCGUCUCUGCAGGUUUACCCAUUCUUGUUGGCAAUAGGUCAGGAUUUGCCAAAGCACUAGAAAAUGUUCCUCAUGGUAAUACAUGCAUCGUGAAUUCAGAUGAUCCUGCAAAAUGGGCAGAGGCAAUUGAAGGUGUUUGUGUUAGGCAUCAAGUGCGACUCAAAGAGGUUAAAGCACUAAAAACAUGUUAUGGAGAAAUGUACAGUUGGAAGGAACAAUGCAAAGCCCUUGUGGAGAGAAUGUGGAAAAUGGUCCAUGGUAAGAGUUGUUGCUUUGAAACUCAUGCAUAA